CACAAGACUUCAAUUUGCCAUUCAAAGCUGUGAAUCUUGGGAAUUGGCUUGUUACAGAGGGUUGGAUGAAACCUUCUCUCUAUGAUGGCAUUCCCAACAAUGACCUUUUGGAUGGAACACAAGUUCAAUUCAAGUCCACAAAGCUGCAGAAGUAUAUUGCACCAGAAAAUGGGGGCGGCAGUGGUUCCGUUGUUGUUGUCAACCGCGAUUCGGCCUCUGGUUGGGAAACUUUCAGGUUGUGGAGAAUUGAUGAAUCGUCUUUCAAUUUGAGAGUGUUCAACAAGCAGUUUGUGGGAUUGCCAAACCAAGACCAGGGAACCGGCCUAAUUGCAGUUUCAGAUUCACCUGGAAACACCGAAACAUUUCGGAUUGUAAGGAAUGAUGGUGAUCAAAAUAGAGUUCGCAUUCAAGCAUCCAAUGGUUUAUUUCUGCAGGCAACAUCAGAGACACAAUUGACUGCAGAUUAUGGAGGCUCAGGUUGGGAAGAUGAUAAUCCAUCUGUCUUCAUAAUGACAAUAUUAAGUGACAAGACCUUAAGAGGUGAAUACCAACUCACAAAUGGUUAUGGUCCAGAUAAGGCUCCUCAAGUCCUGCAG